AUUUAUGCAGAAAAUAAGGGUGAGUUUCAUUCAUGCAUGCAUUAGGAGGGCGUGAUGAGGUCGGUGCCCAUAUAAAGGGGUGCGCUCUGUCCUGAUCAAUGAAGUCUGAGCAACAAUCAGCACGCGGGAUGUUUCUCUUCACAGUAUUGCUUCUGCCGGUUCUGUCGGUCUCCGGCUCUGAUCGCGUGUAUCAGCGCGUGGAUCCGGUGACCGGACAGACGCUCGUGUGUGAUCGGUGUCCGCCGGGGUUCCGCCUGAGCGCGCACUGCACGCGCUCCCGUCAGACAGAGUGUGUCCCGUGCGGCGCGGAUCUGUACACGGAGUUCUGGAACUUCAUCCCGUACUGUCUGCUGUGCGACGCGUGUACCGAUAAUCAGCGGCUCGUUCGGGCGUGUAACGGGACCGUUAAUGCCUUGUGUGAAUGUGAGGUCGGGUUUUAUUGGAAUCAAUACUUCUGCAAGAGACACACCGUGUGUAAACCGGGACACGGAGUCAAAUCAUCAGGUACCCCACAUACAGACACAGUGUGUGAACUCUGCUCAGACGGACAGUUUGCUGACAUCACGCAAACACAUGCGGAAUGCGUCGCUCACAGCACAUGCGGGUCAGAUGAACAGCUGGUGCUGAGGGGAUCCAGGUGGCAUGAUAACGUGUGUGCCACAUGUGACCAGAUCACAGUGAAAGGUUGGGUAGAUUUAUUCCGUCCGAUUCUCUGGAGUCUGUUUGUACAGCAGAAAAUUCCUGCGCAACGACUUCAACGGUUUGUGAAUCUUCUCCUGCAAAUGAAUUCGCAAUGGAGAGAGAUGUUCCAGAACACAGAGAGUCCGAUGGAGCUAAUCCAACGCUGGAUCAGUCAAGUAUCAGAGGAGGAACUGCAAAACCUGCUGCCGAAACUGAAGGCAACACAUCUGGGGCACUUUGCAGACAAAAUCAAACAUAAAAUCAGAAAGUUUGAGAUGUUUGACAUUAGCUGCAGUAACAGCAAGAUUAUGAAUGCAAAUUCUUUUAACCAAUCACUCAACAUGAUAAAUUGAUUAUCAGCUGGACUGUAGUAUAGUAAAAAGAAAAAUAACCUAGUACCUUGAAAAAGAAUUUAAUGACAAUAAUAGCCAGUAGAUGGCGGCAGUGUUCUAUGUCACCCCCAACAGUGUAGUAAUUCAACAUACUAUCACAAGUUUUGUAUUUGGAUAUAUCUUGAGACUUAGACUACUGUUUGUCAAAGUUCAACAUAUUCUUUUGUUUUUUGCUGUUUUGAAAUGUCAGUUAUUGCAAAAAGUUCAUUAUGCUUACAGUCAAACCUGACCAUGGUGUUACAAAGAGAAGACCAAAAAUAAUAAUUUAGUUACCAAUCAUAACAUCACAAUUCUUUGUUGUAUCUCUCUCUCUCUCUCUCGCUCUCGCUCUCUCUCUCUCUCUCUCGCUCUCGCUCUCUCUCUCUCUGUGUGUGUGUGUGUGUGUGUUUUGCAUUGUGGCUGAUUUAAAGAUUUUGACAAAAUAACAAAACAAAAAAAAUCCUCUGUGUUAUAGUAUCACCAGUUAAUUUGUGUGUGUGUGUGUGUGUGUGUGUGUGUGUGUUCUACACUCUGCAUGUUUUAAAGUCUAAAUCCUUCAUUUCAGUGUGUUUUUGUUCUGCACUGUGGCUGAUUUAUUUAGUAUUAUAUUUGACCAAUCAAGAAAAGUCACCAUAUCUAUAAAAUUAUUUUUUAGUUUUUACAGUGUAUGAUAUCGUAAAAUUCUCUAGUCUGUUUAUCUACUCUGAUAAAAAAGGUGAUUUCGGUCAAAAAUGGCCGAACAGAUUAGGAAAGUUAAAUGAAAGACUAAAUUGAAAAUGUAACACAAUUUUGAGAAUGUCUCAGUAUUUGGCAUGUAUCUUUUGUUUUAAUACCAUCAUGAAGAAAACCUGAUGAUCACGUUAUCCAGCAUGAUUUGAGAAUGUUUUAAAGUUUCAGUGGACACUGACAAAACUGUUUAUAUUCUCCAGGAACCCAAUAUAGUGGUCUGCAUAUUUCUAAAACAGGACUGAAUGUGGGUGUUCUUCUAUUCGAGUUCUGCACUGUAGAAAGUUAUAUAAUUUUAACAGUAAAAGACUGUAAAAAUGCUACAGUAAAAAACUUUAAAUUGGUUAACAAGUAGUUACCGUAAAAUAUAUGUUAACAUUUUUAAAUAUAUUUAAAAAGACAAUACAUGUAGUUUUAUGGUAAAAUGUUGUAAAAAUUACAUUUUUUAGAUGUAAAAAAGUAUGAUUUUCCCAUUUAAUUAAUGGUUAAAAUUUAUAUUAUGUUUAACAUGCAUGUAUUAUAAGUACAUGCACGGUAAAUUAUUGUGAAUCCCCUGCGUGACCCGUCACAUUGCAUUAUAUUUUAUGGUAACAGUUAUAUUUCUUCUUAUUUUUAAUAUCAGUUAUGUACAUUGGUGUGUUCUGUGUUAUAUUUGAUGUAGUUUAGUUCAUGUUUACUGCAUUAUUUUAAUUUCACGUGUGUUACACUGAUGGUGUUUAGUGUUUGUGUCUCUACAUGUUUAUUAAUUAUUGAUCCUGGAAGAGUCACUAUUGAUGAACUUUAACUGAUCAUGUGACCUUCUGUAAUUACUGCAGUGAUUAACAAAACAUUAUAAAGUGAAAAGCAGAUUUUUACAGGUUAAUAUAUAAAAUUUAUCAUUUAAUAAUAUAUAACGGUAAUGCACCGUAAAAUAUAAUUACAACCACAGAUACCAGUUUUUUUAGUUUUUUACAGUGUGUGUCUGAAUCCUUUAUUUGCAUGUGAUUGUGAUAUAUAUAUAACUUUCACUAGUCUGCCGAGCAGGAAGUUUCCUGUCUAUGGAAAAUCUCCUCACACGACGUGAUAUUCAUGGUUACAAAUGAAGUGUGUGUGUGGGGGUGGGUUGUAGCGUACAAGAGGAACUUCUGGAUUGCCAACAGCAGAUUCACAUGUCAAUUAUGUGCUAAAACGCAUCUGAUGACAUCACAACACAAUAUCACUUUUGCAUUCCACUACAUUAAGCAAACACAGUUUGGUUGCCAUGAGAGCAUCACUAAAGGUAAAAAGCUUCUUUAAAAGGGAAAAGUGUAUUUUUCAUAACCCAUUAGCAAAUAGUUUUGUCUUUGUAAUCAGCAUAAACCUUUUUAGAAGUCUUCAAACCCUUGAUUUCAGUAUGCAUCAUCACAAGUUAAUAAAGUUAGUUUUUUUCCUUGUAGUCAGUGACAUACCCUCUCAUAUGACAUCCUGAUGCGGUAACAUCUGCCACCUAAUGUCGCCCGCUCUCAGCUGUGAAAUCACAAGACAAAGAUACAGAUAUCCAGUGUUUGGGACGUGACUUUGAAACUUAUCAAGCUAAAAGCAACUCAUACCUUAAAGCUGAAGUGUGUAACUUUUUUCCAUGUUAAAAUACUUUCUCCUUUCCCAGUUGAAUAUACAGAGACAAGCCAAUUAUAGGUUUGUUUUCUUGUGCUAUAAAAAUUCAUCUGUUUGUUUUGAGUGACACCUCUAAUGAGACACAACAACAAAUCAGUUUGAUUCAUCAGCAGAAGACAGGGUGUAUUUGAAAAGCUGUUGCAAUUGCCUUUGGUGGUGUAGAAAUGAUACAUAAUUACACAUACUUCAGCUUUAAAUUAGU